AUGAGUCGAGGCAGCGGAGGUGGCUACGAUCGUCAUAUUACGAUUUUCUCACCUGAGGGUCGUCUCUUUCAAGUCGCUGAUGCAAGAACCUUGGUAUCACAAGCAAGAAAUGAAGCAGCUGAGUUUCGCUUCAGAUAUGGUUAUGAAAUGGCAGUAAAUGUAUUGGCUCAAUGAUAAUUCAUUUUUUCUUCUCUACUGUGGAUUCCAGACAAAUCACAAGUGUAUACUCAGCAUGCGUACAUGAGACCACUUGGAGUAGUUGCAAUGAUUUUGGGGUUUGACGAUGAGUUUGGACCUUGCCUGUACAAAUGUGACCCAGCUGGUCAUAUCUUCGGCCACAAGGCCACAAGUUCAGGAUUAAAAGAACAAGAGGUAAUCAACUUCUUGGAGAAAAAAAUGAAGAACAAUCCUGAUUUUACAUAUGAGGAAAGCAUACAGUUAUGCAGGGGUAUUUUAAACUUUUUGGGAGCAAACCACAUGCUGACCAUUUUAGCUAUGGUUGCUUGCUAUUAAAAAAUUACACAAUGGAGAUCUUUUAGAUUCUAAUUUUAGGACUUCAGAGCAUUCCUAGCUAUGAAAAGUUGUGAAUUCUUUAUUCUUUUCCAAAUUGCUCGCAGGCCAUGGCAGUGGUAGUAUUUUCUGUGCUACAUGUAGCAACAUGAUUAUGCAGUUUGUCGACAAAAUCAGCAUCUCUAUAUCUAUAGAAUUGUAUUGUGUCUAACUACUGGAAUCAUGACGUUAAUUUUGUAGACUGCCAUUUCUGCAGAAGGAUUUCAAGGCCUCUGAGAUUGAGGUGGGAGUUGUGAAGCAGGACAACCCGGUGUUUAGAGUGUUAUCCACAGAGGAAAUUGACGAACACCUGACAGCUAUAAGCGAGAGCCUGAUUGAAUCUUCACAUAUCUGAUUCUCUUUUGAGGAAAAGUUUGAUUAGAACAAAUGAUUUCAUUUCUUUUCUAGCUCCUGUAAAAUUAAUUAUUCCCAACAAGUUAUUGAAAAUUAUUUUAUGGGAUAGUACAAUUGUCCUUGUUACCACCAACUGGUGGAUAUAAAAUUGUAAAAGAGUAGUAUUUUGUAUGGAAUAUGAAUGUCAUUAAAUACUCAA